AUGGCCCAAGGCAUGUCUCCAGCGGGUGAUCCGGCAUUACACGAGUUCCGGGUCCCCCAGAUCAUCCAUCCUCUACACAACAGCAUUCCUCGGGAGCUGGAGUCUCGAUUUGACCCCGUGUACGUGGAAUAUUACAACAACUACAACGCCGGGCGCCUCCACACCCAUGAAGUCCCCAUUGAAGAAUUUCGAAAAAACCCUGCUCGAUAUACCAUCUCGUAUGGCAGAGCCGCGGGGCCCGACAUAUACCGCAUCACAGAGCAGAAAUGUCCUGUCCAGGGCGGCGAGAUUACGAUUCGCAUCUUCGAGCCGGCGCCCAAAGAGGAUGGUAACGGCCAGAUCAUGAAGAGGGCUGCCUACGUCAAUUUCCAUGGCGGCGGGUGGGUAUUCGGUGGAUUGAGUACCGAUCAUGACUUCUGCAAGACACUGGUCCACGGUCUCGAGGGGCACCUCGUGGCAUUCGAUGUGGACUACCGACUCGCACCUGAGAACAAAUAUCCAGUCCCUCUAGAUGACUGCUGGACUGCCUUUAAUUGGAUCCGAGAUCACAAAGCGACAGAGCUUAACCUCGACCCUAGCCGUUUCGCAGUGGGCGGCGCAUCGGCAGGAGGUCAUCUUGCUGCAGUUACCGCUCAUCUCUGUCGCGAUGCCGGAAUCCCUUUGCGACUACAAGUCCUGACGGUUCCCGUGUGCGACAUACAUAGCUCCUUCACCCCAGAAGGGGUAUUUGAUCCUAAGCUUACUCCAUACGAAUCUUACAGAGAGAUGGAAUAUGCCCCGGCACUCCCUGCAGCACGGAUGGCAUAUUUCCACCGCCAUUUCCUCGGUGUUCCUCGCCCAGCACCUUCCAAUGAUGAUUGGAAGAUAUCGCCCAUGCGCGCCCCCAACUUCCAUGGGCUCGCGCCGGCUCUGGUCUCCACUGCCGAGCUGGACCCUCUGCGUGAUGAAGGGGAGGCAUAUGCAGCUAAAAUGGAGGCAGCGGGCGUGCGUGUGAUGAUGAAGCGAUACCCAGGAGUACCGCACCUUAUAGCAUCAUUGGACGGCAUCCUAGAAGGUGGACGGCAGUAUAAUAUUGCUGUCAUUGCGGCGCUUCAAGAAGAGAUGGUCGAGAUGGAGGAUCUGUAG